AUGGAACAGCCAGGCAGCCAGUGUCACCGGAUUAAAUAUGUGUUGGGGAAUAAGAUGCAAGAAGCCUGGAAAGGUGGGCUAAACCAGGUUGAGGGUAACCAAAGGGCCACAAACAUGGUGGCUGCUUUUAUCCGUGAUGUAAUGAUGCCAGGAGAGUGGGAUGUUUGUGUCACGUCAUAUGAGAUGGUAAUUAAAGAAAAGUCUGUGUUCAAAAAGUUUAAUUGGCGGUACUUAGUCAUUGAUGAAGCUCACAGAAUCAAGAACGAAAAGUCCAAGCUUUCCGAGAUCGUUCGUGAGUUUAAGACCACAAACCGCUUGUUACUAACUGGAACGCCAUUGCAGAAUAAUCUGCAUGAGCUCUGGGCAUUACUCAAUUUCUUGCUUCCUGAUGUUUUCAAUUCUGCAGACGAUUUUGAUUCCUGGUUUGACACUAAAAAUUGUCUUGGUGAUCAUAAACUUGUGGAAAGACUACAUGCAGUUUUAAAACCAUUUUUGUUACGGCGUAUAAAAGCUGAAGUAGAAAAGAGUCUACCUCCUAAGAAGGAAGUAAAAAUUUACCUUGGCCUAAGUAAGAUGCAAAGAGAAUGGUACACGCGAAUCCUGAUGAAAGACAUUGACAUUUUAAAUUCGGCUGGAAAGAUGGAUAAAAUGCGGCUGCUAAAUAUUCUCAUGCAGUUGCGAAAGUGUUGUAAUCAUCCCUACCUGUUUGAUGGUGCUGAACCUGGCCCACCCUAUACCACUGACACCCAUCUUGUCAAUAACAGCGGUAAAAUGGUGGCAUUGGAUAAACUCUUGUCAAAACUCAAGGAACAGGGGUCAAGAGUUCUCAUUUUUAGCCAGAUGACACGUUUACUGGAUAUCUUAGAGGAUUAUUGCAUGUGGCGGGGCUAUGAGUACUGUCGGCUAGAUGGACAAACGCCCCACGAGGAGAGGGAGGAAGCCAUAGACACCUUUAAUGCUCCCAACAGCACCAAAUUCAUUUUUAUGCUGAGCACAAGAGCUGGAGGUCUUGGAAUUAAUUUGGCAACCGCAGAUGUGGUUAUAUUAUAUGAUUCGGACUGGAACCCCCAGGUCGACCUGCAAGCUAUGGAUCGAGCUCAUCGGAUUGGUCAGAAGAAGCCAGUCCGGGUAUUCCGGCUUAUCACCGACAACACCGUUGAAGACCGGAUUGUAGAAAGAGCAGAGAUCAAACUGAGACUUGACUCGAUCGUUAUACAGCAAGGCAGGCUCAUUGACCAACAGUCCAACAAGCUGGCAAAAGAUGAAAUGCUGCAGAUGAUACGUCAUGGAGCCACGCAUGUUUUUGCUUCGAAAGAAAGUGAACUGACAGAGGAAGAUAUUACAACUAUUUUAGAGAGAGGAGAGAAGAAGACUGCAGAAAUGAAUGAACGGCUACAGAAAAUGGGAGAGAGCUCUCUUAGAAAUUUCACCAUGGACACUGAAACAAGUUUGUACAACUUUGAAGGAGAAGAUUAUCGAGAAAAACAAAAGCUCAGCAUGAUGGAGUGGAUAGAGCCUCCUAAGCGAGAACGCAAAGCUAAUUAUGCAGUGGACGCCUAUUUCAGGGAGGCUUUACGUGUCAGUGAGCCGAAAGUUCCAAAGGCCCCCCGACCACCAAAACAACCAAACAUUCAGGAUUUCCAGUUCUUUCCACCACGUUUAUUUGAGCUCCUGGAAAAAGAAAUUCUUUAUUAUCGGAAGACUAUAGGUUACAAGGUGCCAAGGAACCCUGAACUCCCCAAUUCAGUCCAGGCCCAGAAAGAGGAGCAGCAGAAGAUUGAUGAAGCUGAACCUCACACAGCUGAGGAGACCGAAGAGAAGGAAAAACUUCUCACCCAAGGAUUCACAAACUGGAACAAACGAGAUUUUAACCAGUUUAUUAAAGCUAAUGAGAAGUAUGGGCGUGAUGAUAUAGAUAACAUUGCCCGAGAGGUGGAGGGAAAAUCUCCUGAGGAGGUCAUUGAAUAUUCAGCUGUUUUUUGGGAACGUUGUAAUGAGCUACAGGAUAUUGAAAGAAUCAUGGCUCAGAUUGAACGAGGAGAAGCUAGAAUUCAACGGCGGAUCAGUAUCAAGAAAGCUCUGGAUGCCAAAAUCGCCAGAUACAAGGCGCCAUUCCAUCAGCUGCGCAUCCAGUAUGGGACCAACAAAGGGAAGAAUUACACUGAGGAGGAGGAUAGAUUCUUGAUCUGUAUGCUUCAUAAGAUGGGUUUUGACAAGGAGAAUGUGUAUGAAGAAUUGCGUCAGUGCGUACGCAAUGCCCCUCAGUUCCGAUUUGAUUGGUUUAUCAAAUCCAGAACUGCCAUGGAAUUUCAGCGACGCUGUAAUACUCUCAUAUCUUUGAUUGAAAAAGAAAACAUGGAAAUUGAGGAAAAAGAAAGAGCAGAAAAAAAGAAACGUGGAACAAAAGCGCCAAUCACCCAGAAGAGAAAGGCGGAAUCCGCUACGGAGAGCUCCGGAAAGAAGGAUUCCAAGAAGGUGAAAUCGUAAAGUGCAGAAAUAGUAUUAAUUGAGAAAAGUCUACUCUCCCUUCCGCAACAGCCCACCUCCAUCCCCUUUCUGGUCAAAUAUUAAUUGCUAGUUUCUAUUGUAUUCCCAAUGACUAAUUAAAAAAGUCUCUGAUUAGUUCUAAUUUUUUUGCAUAUUUUAUAUCUCGUAAUGAUGCUUUUUACCUGAAAUGUGUAGCACUUGACUUUAUUCAUUCCAAAAAUUUGUGUCCUGUAACUUGUGAAUCUCAUGCCUCCCCCAGAAUCCUUCCCCCUCCCCCUUUCUUGUUCUAUCGAAGCUUGUGCUGAGGUUAUAGCUUUUCUAUGUUUUGUACGCUGCCACUGCUUUGAAAAAGAGCCUAGAUUCUAUAGUUGUAUCUUUGUUCUUUCAUACUUUAAAUUUAUAUGGCUGCGGAAAAAUGGAAUUAAAAUGAUUUGAGGAGAAAUAGA